GUGACAAAUAUUAUGACCCCGUCUCAAAUGUUAUCUAGUUUUAUUUAUAUUUUUUAAAUAUUUAAUCAAUUUAUAUGUUUUUCCUGUUUAUAAUUAUAUGAUAGUGGAUUUUAUCGUGUCCCUCAGCUUUUGGCCGUUUUUUUGAAUUACUAGCCGCUACCUUACACGCCUCCUUCUUAUUCCCUGAAGGUUUUUUCCUGAUUCCUAGUGAAAAACCUUGCCUGGCAAUUUUGUAAUUAACUUAAAUCAAUAUAUUUAUUAUUAUAUGUAACUACAGUAAAAUGGCAAGUAACGAUAGCAAAAAAAGCCCUGAAGUCACCAGAGUUAAGUCCAGACUGCUGAAUUCGAAUAUACAGGCGAGCGAUUCGGAUGCCAGCUUGGAAACUAAUAGUUUAAGUGCAGACAGUGGUACCGAACAAAAUCAAACUGGACCCCCUGAAACCAGGAAGAAGAAAAACCGAAAAGGGUCAGAAUGGGAGAUUAUGGAAGGUUUGAAGGACGGGCAGAGGUUCGAGAGUAAACCUAACUUGUUCAAUGGUUAUUUACAUAAAAAGCGAAAGUGGCCAUUAAAGGGGUGGCAUAAGCGUUACUUUAUCUUAGACAACGGAAUCUUGAUUUAUGGUAAAAACCCGGUGGAUAUUAAAAAGGGCAAACUUCACGGCACUUUAGACAUAGGUUUAUCGGUUAUUACGACAAAGUCGUCACGCAGAAGGAUCGACAUCGAUGCCGAAGAGUUUAUUUAUCACCUAAAAGCGAAAACCGGGGAAAUUUUUAACGGUUGGGUGGAACAGCUGACGGCACAUCGUUUAUACAGGCAGCACGUCAUCACUUACGGUGUGGGCAAUUUGUUUAAUUCGUCCGAUAGGAUGCAAGCGAUUUCCCUCACUACGGACAUGUCAUCCAAGGAAAACUCCCUGCAGAGAAACAUUAAGGGGGUGGCAAGUAAUUGCGGACGUGUGAACCUCUGGGUGCAAGAAUCCAGUACUAGUUUGGAGAAAUAUCAACGGAGCGUUACGGAAAUCGAGAAUAAGGUCGAUAAAAUGACUUGUUUGUUGCAGCAAAUGGAAAGCUCACUUGCUUUAGAGACAAUCGAAGCCUCCUCCCCGAAUAUAAAAAAAGACCGAAGAAAAUUCGGCUUGAGGAAAAAGAAAACGAAAACGAAUAGCGUGGACCUUAGCUUACAAUUUAACCGGGCUAACACCACCGAAAUCGAACCCUCCCCACUAUCGGCAAACUCGUACUCAACCUUAUCAGCUUCGCAUCAACACAUCAACCUUUUGAGUACUUCUUUGCCGGUACCCGUUGCUCCAACUGUGGCCGAACCGUUGACAUCGGACAGCUACAGUAAUUCUGACGCUGUAUCACUACCCCCGGACAGUCAUGUUAGGGAUGAAUUUGUCGCUGUAGCUAAAAUAGUUUUAGGGGAUAUAAAAACGGUGGUCCAGAAUUUAUGUGGUGAACGGGACAAGCUUAAGGUAGCGCUGGAUACCGAGCAGUGCGGCAUAUUCAGCAACAGCAAUCAAAACACGAUCAGUUUAAAGGACGACGUGGGAAAAAUUUUACAGCAAAAUAUCGAUUUGAAAACGAGACUUUUGAAAAUACACGAGGCGUCCAACUUGGACGAGUUGGAACAUUUAACCGAUAAGGGUAGAUAUAACACGUCGCUGAGUUAUAGUUCGUCAUGCGUGAGCGCCACCGAGUUUUUUGACGCGGAAGAUAUGGCCAACGAUAAAAUUUUUCGUAAAACGGGCGGCGAGGACGAAAAAGACGAAGAGAGCGAGAAUAUUAAUAAGAAGUCUACAAAAGUUAAAAAGAAAUCUAGCUCGCGCGGUAAAAAGGUUAGGACUAGGUCGGAAAGCAGCUCGGAGGCGGACUCGUUUUCCAGCGGUGAAGGCAGCAUCAGUUCAGAAUCGGAAUUAGGAACGGAACUGCAUAAUCCACCGAAUAAUUUAGAUACUGGCGAAAUGUUAGAUAGGAGCCUGACUGGUCGCAGAACAACACUACCGGUGCCAAGACCACAUGCGGGCGGUUUAUCUCUGUGGAAUCUCCUUAGCAAAAAUAUCGGUAAAGAUUUGUCCCAAGUUAGUAUGCCGGUGGCUCUAAAUGAGCCCUUGAACGCCCUACAACGGUUGUGCGAAGAACUGGAGUACUCGGAACUACUGGAUCGUGCGGCCAUCACCGAAGACCCGUACGAACGAAUGGUACAAAUCGCCGCUUUUGCCGUAUCAGCCUACGCGAGUACAUUAAGCAGGGCCGGAAAUAAACCUUUUAAUCCUCUUCUGGGCGAAACUUACGAGUGUAUUAGGGAGGAUCGAGGAUUUCGGUUUAUAGCGGAACAAGUGUCCCAUCACCCUCCGGUAAGCGCGUGCUACGCGGAAAGUAGCAAUUUCACCUUUUGGCAGGACGCACGUAUAAAAACGAAAUUUUGGGGUAAAAGUAUGGAGUUUCAGCCGGUCGGUUAUGUGCGUCUGCUGCUCCCGAAAACCGGCGAUCUGUACACGUGGAACAAGGUCACCACGUGCGUGCAUAAUUUAUUCAGUAACCAACGGUGGGUGGAUCAGUAUGGCGAGUUAAAGAUCGACAAUGGAAAGAUCACGUGCAAGUUAACGUUUAAUAAGGCGAGUUAUUGGUCGUCGAAGAGGCACGAGGUUGUGGGAGCGGUUUACGACGAAUCGGGCAAACCAGUUCGUCGAUUGUUCGGCAAAUGGUCCGAGUCGUUAUACUGCGGCGUGGCGCCGUCGGCCCGUUGCAUUUGGCGUGCAGGCAAUCUACCGGAAAACCACGAACUUUACUACGGGUUCACCAGAUUUGCCAUAGAGUUAAAUGAGUUGGGUUCUUAUUCGAACCUUUUACCUCCGACGGACACCAGAUUUCGACCGGACCAAAGGGCCUUGGAAGAGGGCGAUCUGAACGCAGCGGAAUCCCUAAAACAUCAACUGGAAAAUGGACAACGGGAACGACGAAAACGCCGCGAAGAGUUGAACGUUCCCUAUGAACCGAGAUGGUUUUCAAAUCCGCGCGAAGACUUAUGGGAGUACAACGGGAAAUACUGGGACACGCGCGAAAAACCGGGCUUUAGCAAUUUACAGUUCGAAUCCUUAUGGUGACGACAAUAAUUCCGUUUUUUAUUUUUAUUUUUUUAAAUAUUUUACUUUCUUAACGAGGUAAGAUUUUUGUUUUUAAUAAAUUGCUUUAAAUGGAAUUUUAACCGAUACAAGAGACGACCGCUCGCAAGGACGUCUUAGCUACGGCAUAAAAUGCUUCACGUUCCUGGUCCUAUAAUAGCGGUUUUAUAUUGCAAGAAAACCAUAGUACGUAUUACUGUUGAAGCUUUAAUAGUUGGCUGUAGAUUAAUUGUUUGUAGGGUCAAGUUUUUUUUUAUUAGAGUUGUAUAAAAUACAUUUAUUUAUUUAUAUGGUAUUUUUUAAAUUGUAAGAGUUUAAAUAUAUUAACGUUGUUGCACUA